UGUACAUCCACAGUCUCUGUCUUAUUCACAUUCUCUGGAUCAGAGGGAGCCACCAACAACAUCCAUCAUGACAUCCUAUCGCUCCAGCUCCUUUAGAUCAAGCUCUGGUGGUGGUUAUGGAGGGGGCUCUGGUAGUGGCUUUGGUGUAAGUGCAGGAAGUGGUUUUGGUGUAAACUUUGCUAGUGGUGUAGGAAGUGGCUAUGGUGGUGGUGCAGGAAGCGGCUAUGGUGGUGGUGCAGGAAGUGGCUAUGGUGGAGGCUCUGGAGCUAGUUUUUCUCUAACUUCAUCUGGAGGCUUUGGGGGGGCUGCAUCUAGUAGCAAUUUUGGGAGCUAUUCUGGAAGCGACAAGCAGACUAUGCAAAACCUGAAUGACCGUCUAGCAUCUUACCUUGACAAAGUGAGAGCCCUGGAGGCAGCCAAUGCUGACCUUGAGCUAAAGAUCAAAGAGUGGUACGAGAAGCAACUUAGUGUUGGGGCCAGUGCAUCCAGCAAAGACUUCAGCAAAUAUUAUGAAACCAUUGAAGAUCUGAAGGCCAAGAUCAAUGCUGCAACUAUUGAUAACUCCCGUGUUGUCUUGCAAAUUGACAAUGCUAGACUAGCUGCUGAUGACUUCAGACUGAAAUAUGAGAAUGAGCUGGCCCUUCACCAGAGUGUGGAGGCUGAUAUCAAUGGACUCCGUAGAGUCCUGGAAGAGCUGACCAUAUCCAGGAGUGACUUGGAGAUCCAGCUUGAGAGUCUGUCUGAUGAGCUUGCUUAUCUCAAGAAGAACCAUGAGGAGGAGUUAGGAAUUGCUAAUAGCAGUGCUUCUGGACAAGUUAAUGUAGAAAUGGAUGCUGCUCCAGGUGUGGAUCUGACUAAACUUCUGAAUGACAUGAGAGCGGACUAUGAAACUUUGGCUGAGAAGAACCGCAAAGAAGCAGAACUGUGGUUUAACCAAAAGAGCAGUGAGCUCAAGAAGGAGAUUUCAGCUGGCGUGGAACAGGUGCAAACGAGCAAGAGUGAAAUUUCUGACCUGAGACGUACGCUACAAAGUUUGGAAAUAGAACUACAGUCGCAACUGGCAAUGAAAAAAUCCCUUGAAAGCACCCUAGCUGAAACAGAGUGUCGCUAUGGAACACAGCUGCAGCAGAUGCAGAUUUCAAUAAGCAGCCUUGAAGAGCAGUUACUACAAAUCAGAUCAGACAUGGAAAGACAGAGCCUUGAGUACCAGCAGCUCUUAGACAUCAAAACCAGACUGGAGAUGGAAAUUGAAACAUAUCGCCGCCUGCUGGAUGGAGAGCUGGGGUGUAGCUUAAAUUCUUCAAGCAACUCUUCAUCGUCAUCAUCAUUUCUGUCAACACAACAGACAGCUGUAUCCAAGUCACCAGCUUCUUCUGUGGACUCCAAAAAAGAUCCAACCAAAACCAGAGUAGUGAAGACCAUUAUUGAAGAGGUAGUGAAUGGCAAGGUGGUGUCAUCCUGCGUUCAGCAAGUUGAAGAGAAGAUGAAUUGAAGAUUCAGCACAAAGCUCACAGUCAGGCAGUUGCUGAAUACAUUAAAUUAUAUAUCUGUUUAGGACAUGUAAUGCAACAGCUUGGUUAACCUUUAGAUAUUAAACUUAUGUCUCAUCUUA